AUGGCUACUCACGCCCCUAUUCAAUCUCAGACGGCGGCCCCUACCACCCUCCUCAACGGUGAUCUGGUGAACAAAACGAAAGAAGCCUCGCAACGGGCAUCGCGAAUUGUCUCAGAGCAGGUCAACGGCGCCAAACCUUACGUCGCUGACUUUACGAGCAAGUCCAAGGACUUGACAGCGGGAGUAGCCGCCGCUGCGGAAACCGCAGUUCACAACGCCUCUACAACCGCUGCCCCAUACGUGGCGUCUACUCAAGCUCAGGCAGAGUCCUUCGUCGGAAAGGCUCGUGCGGCUGCCACGUCAACGGCAACCUCGGCCACCCACACUGCAGCUUACGCCGUUGGAACCGCCGUCGGUGUUACUCGGGCCACAGUCCACGCUGGUCUGGCCGCCACCCGAGGUGCGGCGUCUUUGACCGCCGGUGGAGCAGUCAAGGCCACCAAGCUCUACGUCCACACUGCUGCAUCUGUCGUCGGUGCCGGUGUUAACGCAACCUCUGCCGUCACUGGCUUCGCUCUCGGAACCGCCGGCUCCGUCACCAACAAAGCCGUCGGUACCACAAAGUCUGUGGUCACUUACACUGCUGUGACUGGGCACAACGUUGCCAAGCGUAUUCUUCCCGUAAGCGUUGUCGACCGUGCUGAAAACACAUACGAAGCAGUUUCAGCAGCUGCCGCUACGCCUCUGCAGACGGCUAAGACUGUGCUCCCGGCUUCGCUCGCUGGACUUCUCGAAUGGGGAUGGAACACCGCCUUUGCCACAAAGGAACGCACUUUGAACACCGUCCAGACCACGAAGGAAAGGGUUGUUGGUACAACCGUGGGAACAUACCAGAGCUUGGUGUCCACCCUUGACGCAGCGGACAAGCGGUACAUGACGAACGCUACCGAGGCUUUGAACGAGAUCAAGGCUACCUUCCCAUCCCAGAAGGCUCAGCUCGCCCAUUAA